AUGACUGCUCAAUUGAAAUCAUCAAAUCUGAGGCCUCCCUAUGUGAUUGAUUUAGUAGACAUGGUACAUCAUUACUUAUGGUUUCAAGUUUUGCAUAUUCAGAAUAUUAGUAUUGUUGAGUCUGGGUUUAUUGGUACGUUCUGUGCCAUCAUACAGUUACCAGGGCCUGUUUCCAAGCUCUUUUGGAAGUCCUUACUAAAGUAUAGAUGUAUUGUCUUUUGUUUUGGGUGGUUGCAGUCCUUCAUUUCAGAGGUUUGCUGUGAGGACAUCAAAGAGGUUGGAGGAUGUUUCAAGUCUUGCUGGGAGGACGAAUCAGGAACUUUCUGA